CCCGAGUAGAAUUCAGAUCUCCAGCUCCUUCCAUCUUGUCCCGCCGGCUUCCGUAUCUGCUAACGUUUUCUAUCAUCAUCACUCAUCAUCGCUUCCUCAGACUUUGUGUCGUUUUGAUAUCCCGUCAUCUCAUGAGCCUGGACUAGAUCCGUCCUCGCCGCCAUGCACCUCCGUUCGUGCCUUGUGGGGAGCGUGCUCGCUCUCGGCGCCAACGCCUUGCUCGUUAUCCCCGAGGUCGAGGAUGCCAUCGCCCCUGAGGAGGACAUGUUUCCUUUCGUCCCGCUGGGAGCGUAUAUCCCCCAUAAGGACCUGGUCGAGCUGGCCUGCACCGAAUGUCCGUUCCGCGAAGUCAGCGAGGAUGGCACUGUCAGCUGGACUGAUGGCUUCCAGACCUCUCUGUCGUUGGAGUUCUCCAUCGAAAAUGGCUUCCUUCUAGCCAACGGUCGCCAGAUCUUCCCUCCCCCUCCCCCAACCCAAAUCACUGCCGUCCAGCGCCGGCUGUCCGAUGGCGCGGAGACGGAACCGAUUCCCUUGGGAUACGCCGUGGAGGAAAUGCCUCUGCCCACCGCGCCUGAGGACCCCACGGAGCUGGUGGCGGUUCGCUUCACCGUCCUUGACCUGGACAGCCGCCCCGUUCCUCUGGACACUGUGGCUUUGACCCUGAUCCACGACCCCAAGAGCGGCGAACUGUACAUGGCCGAAACCGCGAUCGAAGAGACAACCCCCAACCGCGUCUCCUGGAGACAGUGCCGUGGGAAGCCGAACUGCCUCAGACGUCUGCUGUUCGAUCGCAUGCGGUCCUUGUUCGCCGCGGCCAAGGCGCGCAUGCUCGGCAUGGGGCCCAAGUCCAAGGGUCACCACUGCGGGGGCCCUCAUGGCUCGGAUCAUCCUCGCCCGCCCCGUCCUCACCACCACCACGACGAUGGAUUUGACCCCGAUCGUAUGCCCCUUCCCCCUAUGGACGGAGAGGAGGGUGGCUUCAUGGGCCACAUGGAGAAGUUUGGUCGUCCUCACCACCACCAUCACGAAGAUUUUGACCCCGAGCGUAUGCCCCUUCCCCCGAUGGACGGGGAGGAGGAGGCUGGCUUCAUGGACCACAUGCACAAGUUUGACCGUCCCCACCACCACCACCACAUGCACCACAUGCACCAUGGCCAGUGGGAGCGCACUGUCCACCGUGUGGUCCGCUUUAUCGUCGUUCCGGCUGUGCUGGGUGUCCUGGCGGGAUUGGCUGCCAGCGCUCUCGGUAUGCUCGUCGGCCAGAUCGUGGUUUUCAUGUGGCAGCGCUUCCGCCGCUCCACCCCCAAGAAGUCCUUGGAGCAGGGCACCGUUUCCGAAAAGCAGGGUCUGAUGACCGAGUCUUCCGAGGAACUUCCCCCUGCAUACACUGACGAGGAGGCUGUGGUUGAAGACGUGUCCAUGACCAAGAACUAGUCAGCACCUGCGCGAUAUUAGUGAUCUGCCCCGAGGUGUCGCACCUACUUUUGACGCUCAGCAAGAGGUGGGUUUGCAAAGGCAAAGGCUUGCCUGCCAACAACCGGAGAUGGAUGUAUUUGAGAUUGUCCCUGUUUCUUUCGCUGUGAUUAUAAGCCCCCCCCUCGUUACAAUUUCCUUAACUUCUAUUAUUUUUUUUUUUACCUGUCCCACUUCUCCGAGCCCACGGAGAACUAGUUCGCUCUCUCGGCUUUCCUGUUGCCAUUAUCAGGAUAGGUAGUUUCCUUGUGUAGUUAAG